AUGUACCGGCGAAACAGUGUCAGCGGAGGAUUGUUUCACCAACUCUUCCGAUCUCAGCAGUCGCAGGCGGCGACGCCGAGCGCCGCGCAACUGCAAUUGCUGCAACAGCAGCAGCAACAGUACUUGGCGCAGCAACAGCAGGCGGCCGCCGCGUUUCCGCAACCGCCUUACCUCGUCAAUCCCCAACAGGAACCGUAUCUGAUUACGGCCGGCGUGCCGGCGCAGUACUAUGGCGUCGGGCCGUGGGUCUAUCCGGCGCCGCCGGCCAAUCUCAUCCAGCAGGGCGCCAGCAACGGCGCCAGGAGGCCGCUCACGCCGAACGGAACGACCGAAGCGCAACAGCAAGUACAGCCGCAAGUACCGGGAGGAUACAUAGUGCCCUACUACGAUCAGAACGCCGCUCCCAUCCUGAUGGCGCAGGGGGCGGCGGCCAUGCGCAACGGCACGCCGAUGCGCCUCGUGUCGCCGGCGCCGGUGCUCGUCCAGCCGCAGGCGGCCGCCGCGGCCGCCACCAGGCAGACGCAGGCGGCGGCGGCGGCGCACGCGGCCGCCGCUUCGCUUUAUUCCAGCACGCAGCAGAGCCUCUACGGCGCCGCCAACGUCAAUACGAGCGUCAACGGGACGACGCUGGGAGAUAACCUGACGGGCCUGGGUUUGACGACGACGACGACGGCCAGAAGGGACUCGUUCGAUCGCAACACCUCGGCGUUCUCGCCGUCGCUGGAGUACCGGCAAAAGUGGCCGACGUCGUACAACAUCGGCAGCAGCCCGAGCCCGCUGACGGGCAGCCUGACGCCGCCGCCGGCCGGGCCGCUGCAACUGGGCGGGCUAGUGAAUUCGAGGGUGCUGUCGGCGGCGCCGGGCGCCGAGGCGAAAUACAGGAAUUCCGUCGCCGCCGCCGGUCUGAACGCCACGGCCAUCUUCGGUUCGACCAACAGCCUGUUCACCAAGAUCAAUUCGACGCUGACCGCCGUGCCGGCGGCGUUGGACAAGGGUCCGCAGGGCCGGUCGCGGUUGCUCGAAGACUUUAGAAACAACCGGUAUCCCAAUUUGCAACUGAGGGAUUUGGCCAAUCACAUCGUGGAGUUCUCCCAAGACCAGCACGGUUCGAGGUUCAUCCAGCAGAAAUUGGAGAGGGCCACCGCCACCGAGAAGCAAAUGGUCUUCAACGAGAUCCUAUCGGCCGCUUAUAAUUUGAUGACGGACGUGUUCGGCAAUUACGUUAUACAGAAGUUCUUCGAAUUCGGCACGCCCGAACAGAAGACUACGUUAGCCCAAAAAGUUCGCGGUAACGUUCUACCAUUGGCUCUACAAAUGUACGGUUGUCGCGUCAUACAGAAGGCUCUGGAGUCGAUUCCGCCGGAACAACAGCAGGAAAUCGUCAGGGAACUCGACGGGCACGUUUUGAAGUGCGUCAAAGAUCAAAACGGCAAUCACGUCGUGCAGAAGUGCAUCGAAUGCGUCGAUCCUAACGCGCUACAGUUUAUCAUAUCGUCGUUCUCCGGACAAGUGUACACUUUGUCUACGCAUCCCUACGGUUGCAGAGUCAUCCAACGUAUAUUGGAGCAUUGCACGCCCGAACAGACUGCUCCCAUUUUGGCGGAAUUGCACCAACACACCGAUCAGUUGAUACAGGAUCAAUUCGGAAACUACGUUAUCCAACAUGUACUUGAACACGGCAAACCGGAGGACAAGUCUCAAUUGAUCAACAGCGUUAGAGGCAAGGUGUUGGUGCUGAGCCAGCACAAAUUCGCCAGUAACGUCGUGGAGAAGUGCGUGACGCACGCCACACGAGCCGAAAGGGCUUUGCUCAUCGAGGAAGUGUGCGGCUUUAACGAUAACGCUUUGCAUGUGAUGAUGAAAGAUCAGUACGCGAACUACGUGGUGCAGAAGAUGAUCGACGUGAGCGAGCCGACGCAACGGAAGGUGCUGAUGCACAAAAUCCGACCGCAUUUGAACUCGUUGAGGAAGUACACGUACGGGAAGCACAUCAUCGCGAAAUUGGAGAAGUACUUUAUGAAAGCGCCCGGAUCGCUUGGCUCCAUCGGAGGGGAGCUCGGUCCCAUCGGCCCUCCGACCAACGGAGUGUUGUAA